AUGGCUCUCAAUACGCCGCAAACAAUUCAAGACGCAUUGCACCGAUCGUCAGACUUCGUCGUAAACGAGGAGGAAAUGAAAAACUUGGAUGAGCAGUACGAAGCCACGAAAGCAGCGAUCCGAAGCUCAAUUUUGCUGCGCCCCGCGAAGAAGGGCAAUUCAUCGAGCAAUGCAACAACGCAGAGUCCAGAUGAACCUAGGAGCGGAGGUGCCCAUAACUACCAGGUCAGCUCCGGACGCAGAAGAGGAGAGCUGCGCAACAACACUUGGGUGAGAAAGUCCGCCAACUACGACGAGAAAGCUUUCUGCGAGUAUCAUCAGACCUAUGGACACUCAACGGCUCAAUGCCGAACUCUAGGAGCAAAGCUCGCAGCAAAAAUGGCAGCAGGAGAGCUCCAAAACGCGGUCAGCCUCAAAGACCUCGUUCCUAACGGCGCGGCGGAACCAGCGAAUCCUCCCCGACGAGGCGAUAAUCCCAAACGCGACAGGAGAGGCGAACCUGAAGAGCGACCCGAGCCGAGGCAAAUGAUCAAUAUGAUUAUGGGUGGAUCUCAAUACUACCAAGAUACCGUGUCCUCCAUCAAAGCCUAUCAGCGUCGAGCCGAAGCGAAGGAGAAUUGGACAGAGCCAACCAACAUCCCAAACACAGUGAUCUCUUUCGCCGAGGAGGAAACGUCAGGAAUCGAUCGACCUCACAACGAUCCGUUGGUGAUUGAGCUAACAAUCAGGGAUCAUGAUGUGGAAAGGGUGCUCAUCGAUACUCGAAGCUCGGUGAAUGUCAUCUUCAGGGAAACACUCAAAAGAAUGGGAAUCGACCUCUCCGAGGUGGAAGCAAUCCCUAAACCUCUAACCGGAUUUUCAGGAGAAACGACGAUGCCUAUGGGAACGCUCAGACUUCCCGUGGUAGCUAGCGGAGUCACUAAGAUCGUCGAAUUCUGCGUCAUGGAUCACCCAGCAAUCUACAAUGUGAUCAUGGGAACUCCCUGGAUCAACGGGAUGCGGGCAGUACCCUCCACUUACCAUCUCUGCCUCAAAUUCCCAACUCCAUCGGGCGUCAAAACGAUCUGGGGGAAUCAGAAGGAGUCGCGAAUGUGCUGCCUAGCCGAGCACAAACUGAGGAACCCCGUCACCGACGCACGAGCUAACAUAGACCGCAAAAAAAUGAAGACAGACAGAGAGCCCGCGAACGAGCUCUCCAAACUCUUAUAG